AGAGUUAGCAGACAGAUAAGAAGAAGCAGUGUGAGAUACAGAGAUGAGUAUGAAGUUCGUGGUGUUCUUUGUUGCUACAUUUUUGGUGGCAUCUCAAUGCCAUGGCGGUUCUUUCCGAAGCUUCCCUCUCGAAAUGCCAACCGGUUAUGGCGAUGGUUCGAGUUACGACGACGUAAGAUGCGCCAGUUGGAGACUCGCCGUGGAAGCACAAAACAUCCUAGGCUUUGAAACAAUUCCUGAACAAUGCGUGGCCUCUACAGCCAACUACAUCGAAGGAGGACAAUACCAAUCAGACUCCAAAACCGUUAACCAACAAGUUUUCUUUUACGCUAGUGAUCUCAAAAUCCAAGACAACGAUGUAGUUAUCUUCAACGUAGAUGGAACCGUACUCUCCAAUAUCCCAUACUAUUCUCAGCAUGGAUAUGGAUCGGAGAAAUUCAAUUCUACACGUUAUGACGAAGAGUUUGUUAACAAGGGUGAUGCACCAGCAUUGCCUGAGACUCUUAAGAAUUACAACAAACUUCUGGGUCUUGGAGUCAAGAUUAUCUUCUUGACUGGAAGACUGACCGACAAAAAGGCUGUAACUGAAGCCAACUUGAGGAAAGCUGGUUUCCACACAUGGGAGAAGUUGAUUCUCAAGGAGCCAUCAAACGGUCAAAAUACACUUGAAUACAAAUCAACCGAGAGAGGGAAGCUGGUGCAGCAGGGUUACAGAAUUAUUGCAAAUGUUGCAGACCAGUGGAGCAGUUUGAAAGGAGGAAACCAAGGCCUCAGGAGCUUUAAGCUGCCUAAUCCCUUGUACUUCAUUGAGUAGUUGACCUUUCAUGGCUAUAGCUUGCUCCUAUAUAUAUGUAAUAAGAUGAUGAUCAGCUUCAAAUAGGAGCGUUAAUGGCUGUGUAUAGGUUUGCUUUAUGCUGUUAUGAUGUACGUGAUCAAGUCACAGUAGAAACUCCACUACGUUGGUUUCUCUCUGUGGCUUUAAUAAACUAUGUAUCUUUUUAAAGUUA